UUUUUUUUUUUGGUCUCUUCAUCUUGUUCAUCUCCAGGUUACUCAUCAUGUCAACAACAGCAGUAAUUCAACAGCAACAGGCUGAAAUGACUAAAGUUAAUAAAGCAAAAGAAACUGCUAUUGGGUUUAUUAUUGGUGGACUUGCUGCUUGCGGUGCAGUUACAUUCACAAAUCCUUGGGAGGUAGUUAAGACACGGCUUCAAUUGCAGGGUGAAUUAGUUCGAGCAGGUGCACUUUCAGAAUCUGCAAGACCUUAUCAGCAUAGCUUUCAAGCACUUAAAGUAGUCUUUCAACAUGAAGGAAUUCGUGGUGCACAAAGAGGUUUAAGUGUAGCUUAUUUUUAUCAAAUUUGUUUAAAUGGAAGUCGUUUAGGACUCUAUGAACCUGUUUUUAAUUAUACAGUAAAAUUAUUCAACUUGAAUAUAUCAUCCACUCAUCGUAAUCAUGGUGGCAUCUUGGCUGCUGGUGUCUUUUCUGGGGCUUUUGCAGGUGUAGUUGGCGCUGCUCUGGGUUCUCCGCUCUAUCUUAUCAAAACACGUCGACAAUCGUAUUCACCUGUAUUUAAAUCAAUUGGUUAUCAACAUGAAUCUAUGAAUAAAGCAUCUAUUUUAAGCUCAUUAAAACAUAUUUAUCAAACAGAAGGUAUAAAAGGACUUUAUCGUGGCGCUGAUGCUGCGAUGGUAAGAGCAGGUGUUGGGUCAGCUGUUCAAAUGCCUACUUAUAUGAUGGGUAAGGAUAUCCUACUUAAUCGAUUUGGAUUACCAGAUACAGUAAGUACCCAUUUUGCUACAUCCAUGUUUACUGGAGUUUUGGUUUGUUUGGCAAUGAAUCCAUUUGAUGUAAUUUCAACUCGAAUGUAUAAUCAAGGCGUUGAUCCUUUAACGGGUAAAGGUAUCUUAUAUAAUGGGCCAGUCGAUUGUUUUGUUAAGCUUGUAAAAAUCGAAGGUGUACGAGGACUUUAUAAAGGAUUUUUAGCACAUUAUCUUCGUAUUGGUCCACAUACUACACUUAUGUUUAUCUUUAUGGAGCAAUUGAAAAAACUUUACAACGAGCAUUUAGCAUAGUCUUCUUCUUCUUUUUUUUUUUUGUACGAUAUAGAAUAUAUUUUUAUUAGAAGACUAUAGAGAAAUUUAAUAUGUUACCCUUUUUCUUUACUGCUUAUUUGUAUCACAUUGUAAAAACAAAAAAAAAAUAUCUAUUAUAUGAUUAUGUAAUAUUUGCUUGAUGUGUUAGUCAUUUGGAGAAUUCAAAUUGGAGGGUAAUCAGUCGCCCAAUAGGAUAUUUGGAUCUUGCACGUCAAUUUGUAAAACAAAAUCGUUAUGAGCAACGACGGAGAAACAAUUGCGCAAUUUUUGUUUGUCGUGAAUGGGUAAUUUCCUGCUAAAUUACAUGCCAUUUUUUUUUUUUUAAAAAAAAA